CAACGGCAAAUGUUGGCCCUUGCCGCUUUAAACCGACGUCGACGGAUGCAGAGAAGAAGAAAUCGCCGAUGUAGAUUUUGGUGUUUACCACGGCCACGACAAUCAUGGUUCGAGAUCCAUUAUAAUGAUCACCGCAUUCCUGAUGACUUCUUUAAACAGCAGCUCCGAGUUCGAAGAGCAACUUUUAAUCAGCUUUUGAACCUCGUAAGUCCACAUGUUGCAAGACAAGAUACAUCUAUGCGAAGCUGUAUUCCAGCAGAAAAGAUUUUGGCGAUAGGUUUAUACAGAUUAGCACAUGCGAAUUCAUAUGUUUCCAUUGCCCCCGUUUUUAAUGUCGGGAAAUCCACGGUCAUUGAAGCAGUACAAGAUGUCGUGAACGUUUUAUACGAUCUGCGAAAUCGUUACAUCAAGUUCCCUACUACAAUCCCGGAGAUGACUGAGUGCAUUGCAACUUUUGAGAGAACCAGAUCCGAGUUACCAAACGUUGCAGGUGCUAUAGAUGGGACACAUAUCCCAAUCAUCGCGCCCAGAGAAGAUGCAGUUGACUAUUUUAGUCGUUACCAGCAGCAUGAUAUGAUUGUUCAAGGGAUUGUAGAUGGUACUGGGAAAUUCAUUGACGCAGUUGCAAGAUUCCCUGGGAGUGCUCAUGAUGCAAGGGUUUUAAGAAACAGUAACAUUUACCAAGAGGCUGAACAGGGAAACAUUCUACAGGCUCCACGGAUAGAUAUUGAUGGGAAUGAUAUAGGUCCAUACCUAGUUGGAGAUAGUGCUUAUCAAAACACCAUCACUGGGGAUGACUUCCUUGAAAUGGAUGAGCGUGACUUUAAGGAGCUGAAUGGCUCCGUGUCAGAUCCCCUGACUCCUGGCUUUACUAAAGUGCCCAAGCCAUCAACAUCUCAGAGUGAUUCAUUCACUGAUGAUGAUGAAUCAGAACUUUCGUUCCAAUCAACCUUGACACUAAACUCCUCUUCAUCUGGUGAUGCUUCUGAUGUCUUCUGUUCCUCUCAAAAUAAGAGAACAUCGACUCCAAUUCCCCCAAAAGUGUCAUGUGCACCAGUUUCAGUGCAAGGUAAGACAAGCCCUGAUCUGCCUUCUGGCUUCAUUAUUCCCUCUAAGUUUGGGAAAAUUACAGAUGGAAAUCUGAAGAGUGGAAACCUAACUGAUGUGGACAGAGCGAAAGUUAUAAAAACUGUGGCAACUUGUGUAUGGGUGCACACAGACUCCCCAUCCCCAGGAUGUUUUGAAUGGUUGGCCAAACAGUUGAUCUCAAAAUACCCUACACUUGCUGAUGCUGACCCCCGCAAGAUGCUGCAGACUGUACCUACAGCGCCAAAGGAAGACUUCAAGUAUUGGGUAAGAUUUUUGAUGUCUUGCAAACUGAUGUUGUAUGUUGCCUUAGCAAUUUAA